AUGCAAACCAACCCUGGCGAUGCUGAUAGCCACCAGUCUCUCUCCUCGCCAGGUUCUCACGUGGGGGACGUCGAGAUGCAAGGCCGUCUGUCGAGCGCCCAUCUAAGACCACCUAGCAGCAAUGAAGUCCAUGUGCUGGAACCCAAAGCUCAUACUCUCGAAGACGGUAAGGACAUGACAGCACAUUGUUUGGGUCUAUCAGCGGAGCAGGACACCCAUCUCCUUGCAUCCUUUCGAUCCGUCAUCAUGAACGAGACAAAUCGUGUCGCCGGUGACAUCAUCCAGGUCUACCCCGGCAGUCCUGCCACAGGCACGCCACCUCUCCAUUUCUUUAUAUUAAGGGAUUGGUUCAUGCCAUACGAUAAUAGGAUCAAAGAUGGAUCCUCGCGCGAGAUCGAAUUCAAGGUUGGAACACACGGUCCUAGUCUUGUCCGCCUUUUCUUCAAACAUGUCCACCCUGUCUAUUGUGUCGUGUCAAAAGUCCGUUUCCUCCGAGCAUAUACGGAGGAUAAGCUGAGCAUUCCGGCAUCACUACGAGGAGUGGUCUAUGGAAUGGGCGCUGUCUACUGGAAACAAGAUCCUGUAUUGAGGACAGUUCACCGCCCAUUUGAACAAUAUGAGUUGUUUCUAGCUGCCCAGACUUCACUCGAGCGGGAGCUUGAGGCACCAAACCUGUGGAAAUUGCAGGCCUGUCUAUUGAUGCUUCACGAGAAGGCUGCUGGCAAUGGCACGUUUGAGACUCCACGUACAUGGACUUUAUCUGCACAAGCCGUUGCGUGCGCUCAGAUGAUAGGACUUCACCGCGACCCUUCCAAUUGGAAUAUUGCACCCUGGGAGAAGAGUCUGCGGAAGAAGCUGUGGUGGGCGACCUACGUGACGGACGCGUGGGCGUCGGUGAGCCAUGGAAAUCCGUUUUUACUCCACGCCACCUCCUAUACGACUUCGAACCUGGACAUGGAUGACUUGAGAUUCGAUGAGGAUGUCCCCGAAGAUCUCAAAGAUAUGGUGGAUGUCGCAAGUGCAAGCUUUGAUGUUUCAACAGCUGCACGUUUCCUGGAACUUGUGAAGCUUACCCAGAUACUCCAUAAUUUGUUGGACACAGCAUUCUCGGACCACUCGUACCGAGCUGCGAUGCUGGACCUUGCGAGUCAGGAGACUAGACUCUUGAAGAUUCAGAGAGAACUCGAAUCCUGGCAUUCACUGAUGCCAUUGUGUGUCACCAUGAACUACACCACAACUAGAUUUCACUUCCGCAACAAUGCACCACUCCACCUUGCCUACUUUGCAACUCAAGUACUUCUCUUCCGAGCCUUGAUGACCCCAGCCUCGAUGGCUGCCAAAAGCAAUCCGCUUUCGUCCCUGCGACGGUUCUUCGGAGCAGCAAUAGAACAGCUCGGUGCUUUUUUGGCGUUCAUGAACGAGAUAACGCUUGAGGGCCUUCGAGCAUUCUGGGGCCGACGCAAGUCAUCCUUUGUUCCCUGUGAUACUUUAGAGAAGCACAAACUGACAGAAGUAGAUGGAAGGUCACAGCUGACCCUUAUUGGCAAUUUCCUGAUACAUCUAUUCCUAUUAUCGUCCAGUCCCGAGCAGGUCAGCGGGACAUUUCGACUCCUAGAGCAUUUUCACGAAUCCCUUCAGAGGAUAGGUGAACUUGUGGACGAGGAAUCCGUAGGUCUGAUCCGGCCGGUAGCGCUGAGAAUCGACUCCUUCUUCACCCAAGCGGCGCAGAUCAUGAGACGGAGCUCGACGACGGGCUCUUAUUCGGAGGCAAGGAUGGUCGAUACACCGCCAUAA